UUCUGUCUUGUCGUAAAAUAAAAAAAUGGAAAAAAUGUUGAAAUUAAUGUUUGGAGACGUUAGGCACAUUUUAAUAAUGAUUUCCUCUAUAAAUCACUCUGUAUCCGCCACACACUCUCCUCCACACAAAAGAAGAAAGACGAAAAAAAGCUCACAACUUUCAACUUUAUAGAGAGAGAGAGAGGAAAACCCUAGAAAGAAAGGGGAAGAGAGAACAAUGGAAGGCAAAGAAGAAGAUGUGAGAGUCGGAGCUAACAAGUUCCCGGAGAGGCAGCCGAUCGGGACAUCGGCACAGUCGGACAAGGACUACAAAGAGCCACCGCCUGCGCCACUGUUCGAGCCCGGAGAGCUGAGCUCGUGGUCCUUCUGGAGAGCCGGAAUCGCCGAGUUCAUAGCUACUUUCCUCUUCCUUUACAUCACAGUACUGACUGUAAUGGGAGUCAAGAGAGCACCAAACAUGUGUGCCUCUGUUGGAAUCCAAGGCAUCGCUUGGGCUUUUGGUGGCAUGAUCUUCGCUCUUGUCUACUGUACUGCUGGAAUUUCUGGUGGACACAUCAACCCUGCGGUAACAUUCGGUCUGUUCUUGGCACGGAAGUUGUCUCUGACCAGAGCAGUUUACUACAUCAUCAUGCAAUGUCUCGGAGCCAUCUGCGGCGCCGGAGUCGUCAAGGGUUUCCAGCCAACGCCGUACCAGACUCUCGGUGGCGGUGCCAACACCGUCGCUCACGGGUACACCAAGGGAUCUGGUCUCGGUGCUGAAAUCAUCGGAACCUUCGUUCUCGUCUACACGGUCUUCUCCGCCACUGACGCCAAGAGAAGCGCCCGUGACUCUCACGUCCCGAUAUUGGCGCCACUACCAAUCGGGUUUGCAGUGUUCUUGGUACACCUGGCGACAAUUCCGAUAACCGGAACCGGAAUCAACCCAGCUAGAAGCCUUGGAGCCGCCAUUAUCUACAACAAGGACCACUCCUGGGACGACCAUUGGAUUUUCUGGGUUGGACCAUUUAUUGGAGCAGCUCUAGCAGCACUCUAUCACCAGCUUGUCAUCAGAGCCAUUCCUUUCAAGAGCAAGAGCUGAACGAUGAGCAAGAUCCCACGGUCCGGAUUUGUUCUUUAGCGUCGUGUAUUAUCGUUGCUUAUUAUAUCUCUCUAGCUGUUUGUUUCGCAAUGUAUUUACUACUACUCUCCUUAUAUGUAUUUGAGAUUUUGUGGAUUUUUAAUGAGUCAGACCUAAGAACCCUAGUUUGUUCUAAUGUUGUUCAAUUGUUUCCUUGCUAUUUGCUUGCAUCACAAAGUGAUUUUCGUUUGCCUGUUCGUUUUUCCUUCUUCCAACAGUAACACAGAAUUACGAUUUCCUUUUCUUCAGCAGUAUGUAUAUAUCAUAUUUGUUCUUAGUGUAUGUUAAAUGGUCUCCUAUUACAGAAUUUUGGCCCUUUUGUGAGCGAUAAGGAGGCCCAUUAAGCUCGGAGACUGUUUAAUUAGUUAAGUGGCCGCGUUUUUUAACAUAAAUAAACUACCAG